GCCGGCCGGCCCCAGCCCUCCAGCCCGCGCCCCGCUCCGGAUUGCCAUGUGCCGGUCCUAGCUACGGUCCGAGAGGAUGUCCGGGGUGUCUGAGCCCCUGAGCCGAGUGAAGGUGGGCACAUUACGCCGGCCCGAGGGCCCCCCGGAGCCCAUGGUGGUGGUACCGGUGGACGUGGAGAAAGAAGAUGUGCGCAUCCUCAAGGUCUGCUUCUACAGCAACAGCUUCAACCCUGGGAAGAACUUCAAACUGGUCAAAUGCACGGUGCAGACGGAGGUCCGGGAGAUCAUCACCUCCAUCCUGCUGAGUGGCCGGAUUGGACCCAACAUCCAGUUGUCUGAGUGCUACGGGCUGAGGCUGAAGCACAUGAAGUCUGACGAGAUCCACUGGUUACACCCGCAGAUGACGGUGGGCGAGGUCCAGGACAAGUAUGAAUGUCUACACGUGGAAGCUGAAUGGAGAUAUGACCUUCAAAUCCGUUACCUGCCUGAAGACUUCAUGGAGAGCCUGAAGGAAGACAGGACUACGCUGCUUUACUUUUACCAACAGCUCCGGAGUGACUACAUGCAGUGUUACGCCAGCAAGGUCAGCGAGGGCAUGGCGCUGCAGCUGGGCUGUCUGGAGCUCAGGCGGUUCUUCAAAGACAUGCCCCACAAUGCACUUGACAAGAAGUCUAACUUCGAGCUCCUGGAAAAGGAAGUGGGGCUGGACCUGUUUUUCCCAAAGCAGAUGCAGGAGAACUUAAAGCCCAAGCAGUUCCGGAAGAUGAUCCAGCAGACGUUCCAGCAGUACGCCUCGCUCAGAGAGGAAGAGUGUGUCAUGAAGUUCUUCAACACCCUGGCCGGCUUCGCCAACAUCGACCAGGAAACCUACCGCUGUGAACUCAUUCAAGGAUGGAACAUUACCGUGGACCUGGUCAUUGGUCCUAAAGGCAUCCGUCAGCUGACCAGUCAGGAUGCAAAGCCCACCUGCCUGGCUGAGUUCAAGCAGAUCAAGUCCAUCCGGUGCCUCCCUCUGGAGGAGGGCCAGGCGGUCCUGCAGCUGGGCAUCGAAGGAGCCCCCCAGUCUUUGUCCAUCAAAACCUCAUCCCUGGCAGAGGCCGAGAACAUGGCGGACCUCAUAGAUGGUUACUGCAGGCUGCAGGGAGAACAUAAAGGCUCGCUCAUCGUCCAUCCCAGGAAAGAUGGUGAGAGGCGGAACAGCCUGCCCCAGAUCCCUUCACUAAGCCUGGAGGCUCGGCGGUCCCACCUCUCAGAAAGCUGCAGCAUAGAGUCAGACAUCUAUGCGGAGAUUCCGGACGAGACGCUGCGGAGGCCCGGAGGUCCCCAGUACGGUGUGGCCCGUGAAGAUGUGGUUCUCAACCGUAUUCUCGGCGAAGGCUUCUUCGGGGAGGUCUACGAAGGGGUCUACACGAAUCAUAAAGGGGAGCACAUCAAUGUAGCGGUCAAGACCUGCAAGAAAGACUGCACCCUGGACAACAAGGAGAAGUUCAUGAGUGAGGCGGUGAUGAUGAAAAACCUGGACCACCCGCACAUUGUGAAGUUGGUGGGCAUCAUUGAGGAGGAGCCCACUUGGAUCAUCAUGGAGUUGUAUCCCUACGGCGAGCUGGGCCACUACCUGGAGCGAAACAAGAACUCCCUGAAGGUCCCCACGCUUGUCCUGUACUCGCUGCAGAUCUGCAAAGCCAUGGCCUACCUGGAGAGCAUCAACUGUGUGCACAGGGACAUCGCGGUCCGCAACGUCCUGGUGGCCUCCCCGGAGUGUGUGAAGCUGGGGGACUUUGGCCUUUCCCGGUACAUCGAGGAUGAGGACUAUUACAAAGCCUCUGUGACUCGUCUCCCCAUCAAGUGGAUGUCCCCCGAGUCCAUCAACUUCCGGCGCUUCACCACGGCCAGCGACGUCUGGAUGUUUGCUGUGUGCAUGUGGGAAAUCCUGAGCUUUGGGAAGCAGCCCUUCUUCUGGCUGGAGAACAAAGACGUCAUCGGGGUGCUGGAGAAAGGGGACCGGCUGCCCAAGCCCGAGCUCUGUCCCCCUGUCCUUUACACCCUCAUGACCCGCUGCUGGGACUACGACCCCAGCGACCGGCCCCGCUUCACCGAGCUCGUGUGCAGCCUCAGCGACAUUUACCAGACGGAGAAGGACAUUGCCGUAGAGCAGGAAAGGAGUACCCGCUACCGACCCCCCAAAAUCUUGGAGCCGACCACCUACCAAGAACCCCCGCCCAAGCCCAGCCGGCCCAAGUACAGACCCCCGCCACAAACCAACCUGCUGGCUCCCAAGCUGCAGUUCCAGGUCCCUGAGGGUCUGUGUGCCAGCUCGCCUACGCUCACCAGCCCUAUGGAAUACCCAUCUCCCGUUAACUCUCUGCACACCCCACCUCUGCACCGGCACAAUGUCUUCAAGCGCCACAGCAUGCGGGAGGAGGACUUCAUCCGACCCAACAGCCGAGAGGAGGCCCAGCAGCUCUGGGAGGCCGAGAAGAUCAAGAUGCGGCAGAUCCUGGACAAGCAGCAGAAGCAGAUGGUGGAAGAUUACCAGUGGCUGCGGCAGGAGGAGAAGUCCUUGGACCCCAUGGUUUACAUGAACGACAAGUCCCCGUUGACACCAGAGAAAGAGGCUGGUUACACCGAGUUCACUGGGCCCCCACAGAAGCCGCCGCGGCUCGGUGCACAGCCAUCUGCCUGUCCUCAGUCCAUCCAGCCCACGGCCAACCUGGACCGGACCGAUGACCUGGUGUACUUCAACGUCAUGGAGCUGGUGCGGGCGGUGCUGGAACUCAAGAACGAGCUCUGCCAGCUGCCCCCCGAGGGCUAUGUGGUGGUGGUCAAGAACGUGGGGCUGACCCUGCGGAAGCUCAUCGGGAGUGUGGAUAGCAUCUUGCCCUCCCUGCCGCCAUCUGCGAGGACAGAGAUUGAGGGGACGCAGAAACUGCUCAACAAAGACCUGGCGGAGCUCAUCAACAAGAUGCGCCUGGCCCAGCAGAACGCCGUGACCUCCCUGAGCGAGGAGUGCAAGCGGCAGAUGCUCACCGCCUCCCACACCCUGGCGGUGGACGCCAAGAACCUGCUGGACGCCGUGGACCAGGCCAAGGUUCUGGCCAACCUGGCCCACCCACCGGCAGAGUGAUCGGGGCUGGGGGCACUUGCCUGCGUCGCCCGCCCCUACUUGUCGUGUACCUCCCCUGCCUUGCCUUCGGUCACGUGGUCUUCUGGGGAAAGCCGACGGGAGUCUUUCCCUCGCCAUUUUGCACGACCCCAACCCCCACCCCACUCCCACCCUUCCCCAGACUGUGCUGCUCCGGUUGCAGCUGGACGGAGGGGAUUCUGGGCAUGGACACAGGGUAGGGGCGAUGUAGGGUUCAGAGGGUGGGUGGGUGGCCACUGCCCGCCACACCCCACCCCCAGCCCAGCCUGGGUGCUGGGGUCUCCUGGGACUCACAGCCAAGAUUGCUUUAUGCAUGGGCAUGGCGGGCUCCCUUGAGAGCCAGGCCGUCCUUUCUCCUUCCUCUUCAGCCCUCUGGGGCCCCCUGAGAUCAGAGGGGCCGGGGGGGGAGGGCUCUAUUUUGGGGAUCAGGAGAAAGCGUUGGGCUCGACCCUUCUUGUACAGUGUAUAUUGGAAUUUAUUUAAUGUGAGUUUGGUAUGGACUGUCCGGGGUCUGGGACACAGUUCAGGAACAAGGAGGCGGCGCUGUUGUGAAACUGUGUGUCAGGUCAGGGGACAAAGCAGAGAGACAGAGGCCCCAGCAGGAUUUGGACCACGCUCUGCUCUCUUCCUGCGCCGAUCUUCUCUCGUUCCCUCACUUCCUCCUUCCCUCUUUUCUUACUCUUCUCUCCUCCCUCCCCCUUUCCCCUCUACCCUCUUCUUUUCUCACGUUUGUGUAGCACAUUCUUUUACCUUCUUUCUAUCUGCCUUGUGGUUGAAUUAAAAUCGUUGCCAUUUG